AUGGACACCGAUCAGGAAUUGGAAUACGUGUUGGCGGUGCCGGUCGACCAGGCGCGCACGUUGCGAGACAAGUUGAUGUUGGUCGGCGCGCCGGAACGGUCCAUCAGAAUGACAGAGCCGACGUCCGCGCGGUCUAGUCGGUCGACCAGGCGACUGAGUUCGAACGGUUGUGACCACGGUCAGUCGUUACACGUCAAGUCGUACGUCCGGUUUUUGCCGGACAUCAUAAAGCUGGGCACGUACGCUGAGGACCAGAACGUGACGAUACGCCGGCGGCUGUCUGCGGAGGGCCGGGUAACCGUGUGCGUAUCGAUGUACCCGCGGUCGGCUACGACUACACAAGACGAGCAAUUGCAGUUCGCCGCAGUUGACCAAUCGCGUUCAAGUGGUAAUUACAGCGGCGACGGCGGUGACAACGACGACGGAUCGGCGAUAAUAUGUCUGUGCCGUUGCGACGGUGCUGAGUGCGAAAAUGACCGAAAGAGAUUGUGCGAAUAUUUGGCGAACAACGGCACGAGUGACUGUGGUGAUCACGGCACCACGGAAUGCGUCAACAAGCGGAUUAUCGACGCACUGCAGUUAGCGGUUAUUAAUGCCUGCGCCGCCGACAUCUCGUACGCGGACACCGCCAACCCCACACCGAUCCCGGAAGCCGUCUCUUUGGACGUGAAGGAAUGCGACGUCACGGCGGAUAUCCGGAAGGCCACGGCUGACGUAAUAUGGACGGACGACCGCGCGUAUCGAAAGAAACAAUCCCUGAUGAACAGGCUAUGGCGUACGGUUCAGAAUGCCAUAAGACUCCCCUACCGCCGCUAUGAUAUGGCGGCUCAAGCCAAAGUCAAGAACCAGGAAUCUAUAAAACUCCUGCCUCUGAAAACAGCAAUUUUAAGUCCGCUCGACAACUGUAGAACUUAA